AUGGCAAAGGAUUUGAUCUAUUCAUUGGAAGCUGAGGAUUUAGGCGGCCCAAGAAAAGAAUUUUUCAGACUGGUUCUUUCCGAAAUACAUGCCAAAUAUUUUGAGAAAGGACUGAAAGAUCAUCUGGCGGAAGAUUACCAGAUAGUUGGUAAAAUACUUGGACUAAGUAUCCUCCAAAAUGGAAAAUUGCCUCGUUUUUUGGAAGAGGAGAUCCUGGAAGAAAUAUUUUCCACUUCAUCAAAGCCAAAUUCAGCCAUCCAACACUUGCAAAAUGGUCUCAAAUGUCUUGGAAUACACCAGAUUGGAUGUCAGUUACCAAUGUUCUUGCACUUGUUGAGACGAAACCCACACCACAUGUUAACAGUGAAGCAGCUGGUACAUUUGCUUAAGCCUGAAUUUAGUCCUGAAGGGUCAAACAGUCGUUCCCUAGAGAACAAAGUGUAUGCAGCAUUUGUAAAAUACAUGAGGGAAGUAGCAAGCGGAAGAAGACAUGGAUUGUCAUUAUCAAGCAUCUUAACAUUUGUGACUGGCACAGAUGAGGAACCUGUUCUUGGUUUCCACAUUCAUCCUAGCAUUCAAUUCCAUGAGGUGCAAGAUUCUUUUUUGCCCUCUGCAAACACCUGUAUUGGCUGUCUCAGGUUGCCAAGGCCAGCACUGAAUGUACAGCUACCUGCCACUGAAGUGCUUUUCUCUUUAUAUGAUAUGGCAUUUCUUAACACAUUUUUUGGCACUAAGUAAAUAGCAGAUUUUAUGUCUGGAUCAUAGUUAUUAUUUCUGUUUGUUUUUGGUUGUUGGCAACAGCAAAUGUUCUGCACAAUAAUUAAUACAAAUAUUAAAAAAUGCCAAUUUUAAAAAUAGUACUAUAGAUGUCAAGAGCAUAGAACAAGGUAUUGUGAUAUUCAUUACAAAGGACUAUUAAUAUAUUAUAUAUAUCUGACCAUAUUCGCAAGAAUAUGCCUGCAGGUUGUCGUCACGGCUGGCUCAGGUGAAUGGCCCAGUCCAUGGACUAUCUGCUGGUGGCUUGCAGGGGGGGCAGGGGAGGGUGUCUCAUACGGACACCUCCUCUUAUUUAGACUUGGCCAUUUGAGUGACAAAUAAUGAGUUUCUUGAGUUGUUUUAGCUUGCUUGAAUGUUCUUUGUUGACAUGGCCCCCGGCUAGAGACACCCCUGUCACGUGCUUGCGUGGGGGGGAUUCUCCUAGCCACAGGGUGGUCAGAACACUCCUGGCCACUGGGACUGUCCUAGAGUCAACUGCGGACAUGCUCUGCGAAUACAGUCAGAUAUACAUUGAAGAUAAUAGGUUUAUCACUGAAGAAAUUGUUACAGUUUAAGAAUUUCAAUAUACAAUGUACAUGUACAUAUUAUUUCAUGGAGAAACUCAAACUCGGAAAAAAAUCACUUUGGAGGUGGAGUGGUCACAUUUAGAUAUGCCUCAAUGUGACACUGUGAUGUUGUUAGUGAAUUCAUACAUGAAAGGAGCUCAGUCACAGUAUUUUGAGUUAUGUUGGCCAUUAGCAAAAUUACCGUUUAACUCAAGGAAACCUGAAAAAUAAGACUUCACAAACUUAUGAUAGAAAAACACCACCAAGACAAUAAUAUACCACAAAGGAACAAGGAUGGUUAAAUAUAGAAGACUAACACGGAUUGCAAACUUUUCAAACUGUUUAGCCGUGACUGUGCUCCUUUAAUGUGACAGCAUGCUGUUAGUGAGUUCACAUGUGCCAGUCAGAACUUGGCUGUGUUGCCAUGUAAGACCCACAGACUGGCCCUUGCUCACUAUUGAGUCUCCGGUAGUGGUUAGAGCAUCCGACUAGAUCAUGGAGGGUCGGGUUCAAAUCCCAUCUGGGAGUCAGAUUUUUCCCGAGUUUGUGUUUCUCCAUGUAUUUAAAUUCGAUAUUUGUUCUUUUAAUAUACACUUUAUUUCAUCAUGUUGUGAAGAACUUUAUAUAAUGACGUCUAUGAUAUUCAAAAAAGUGCUUCUUGCUUUUUAUUUUACUCCCUUUCAUAAAGUGCUUGCAUUAAGCCAAUGAAACAAACAGCACUAUUUUACUAAGUAUUGAUAAUUAGAAGAAAACAAAAGAUUUAUUAGGAACUAAAACUAUUUAGUACUACAUUAUGCUCAUUGGUUGAGUGGGAGCACUUUGAAAAAUUCAAAAAAAUAGACUUUUAUUGGUGUUUUUAUUCUGUGGUACAUGUGAUUAAUAAAGAUCGCUUAAAUACAUGGUAA